AUGUAGUAAGCCCCGAUGCUUCAUUUUCCAAUCUCCCCCGCAAUCUAUGGCGACAGAGGCAGCGGCAGCGUGCUUCUCCCACCCUGUGGGUCUCAUCUUCGCCCAUCUCUCUUCUCCUCGUCCUCGUCUCUCGCGUUCGCCUUCGCCUUCACAGCGGUCCUUACCGAAGCCGCCGAGCGGCCGGAGGUUGGCCUCGGCAGCCCUGCUGGCCAGCGGCGCCGGCCUCGCCCUCGCCGCCUCCGCCCAAGCUCUCCCUUUCGGCCCUCCGGUGGCUCUCACUGUGCUACAGGAGCCCGCGAACGCGCUUUCCCUGCCCACCUGGGUCAUACACGUGUCCAGCGUCAUCGAAUGGAUCACGGCCAUGGCGUUGGUUUGGGAAUAUGGGGAGAAAUCCGGUUUCGGAACUUGGAAAGGUCUCUCCUGGGGGAUGGUUCCACUUCUUGGCGGAGCAUUGUGUGCAUGCACAUGGCAUUUCUUUUAUAACUCACCGUCUCUGGAGAUAUUGGUGGCUCUUCAGGCUGCGCUAACAGUUAUUGGUAACAUAACUAUGUGCAUUGCUGCAUUUCGCAUAUUCAAAGCAUCUCAAGAAGGCUCCAAAAGCUCUUAGAAGCACUGGAUUCAUAGAAUCUGUCGGGUGGGACAAGAAGUUAGAUCGAUCUAGAGUCAGACUGCUAGAUAGUUAGAAGUAGCUUAUCUUUUAUUUAUGGAUAUUUGAAAUUAUGUAAUAAAUAAGUACAUUUUAGUUGGUUUGGUUUAAAUACAUUAAUUAUGGAUUUAUUGGAA